UUAGCAUAAUCUACAGUUAUAACUUUUCUUUCAAGGCUUUUUUUUAUUUGCAAAGGUUAUUCAAGUGAUAAGAUACGAUACUACGACUGCGCGUCUGUCACUUUAUGAUCUCUUGAUAAGAAUGGCAGCCGCUUAGCUACUUACAGAGACUGUAUGAAUGUUUAGUGGCAACUACAGAAGCGGUCGAAGUUUGCCAUGUAAAAGUCGCAACACUUUGUCUGAAGUGACAGAUGGUUGUGUACAGCGGCCGUGUUGAACAAGCCCAGAAAUUUCAUGAAGCACUGACAUGUUGCGUUCACCUUCCGAGGGAAGGGACUUUGGACCUUGUACGAGACAGUACUAAAAACACAACUUCAGAAGCCAUGGGAAAUUUGCUGUGCUGUGUGUGCAAAGGCCGGAAAUCGAGGUCUGAUGAGAGUAUGUACGAAAACCAUGAAUACCCGUCGACUGACGUGGGUGACAGCGGUGAUCGCAACUGGCAGCCACCGCGGGGUUCCACUAGCCACUCCGUAGCCGUGUAUGUCGAACAUUUGGUAUUAGAGACAUUGUCCGUCAUCAGGACUCUUGUUGACAAUGAUCAGGAGCCCCCUUCAUUCAUGAUCAAGCUGCACCUAAUUGCGGACAAAGAGUCAGGUUGGCUUCUGGUGGUAAAGUCCAUGGUGAACGUUAUUCCUAUGAAUGAUCCUCUGGGUCCUGCAGUCAUUACUUUAGUCCUUGAUGACUGUCCUCUGCCAACAAAAGAAUCUGUUGGAAAGCUGGCACAAAUGUUUCAGCUUUCCAAAGACCUGGCUGUAAAGGGUAGAGACAACCCAAUGUGGCACAGGAACAUAUGCGUUGUCCUGGGAUGCAUCGCAGAAAAACUUGCAGGUCCCAGUAGUGUUGCACUGCUCACACCAGACACCUUGGAAUACUUGGUUGCGAACUUGGACCCUACCAUGUGCAACACUUCAGUAAUUCUCUUCUCGCUCAUUGCCUUGGAGAAAUUUGCUCAAACAAGUGAAAACAAGGUAACCCUGGAAAAGCACCUUGCUGUGUUACCCACAAAUCCUCUUGAGGCUUUAGAGCCAUGGGUGAACAGUGAAGACUUUGUUAGGAGACAAGUGGGGUUUUGUGCCCAAUGGUGCUUAGAUAACCUCUUUAUAAAACAGGGACGGCCUUACACAUAUGAGGUCACGGAUAGGACUAAUAUUAAUGUAAUGCUGAAUAGCAAUGACGUGAGUGAGUACCUGAAAAUUUCUUCGGACGGUCUCAUUGCACGAUGUGAUGCUUCAUCAUUUGAAAGUGUCAGAAGUACAUUUCAAGUGGACUCUGGUGUGUGGUACUAUGAAGUGCUAAUUGUCACUGGUGGCGUGAUGCAAAUUGGUUGGGCAACCAAAGAUAGCAAGUUCCUGAACCAUGAGGGAUAUGGUAUAGGUGACGAUGAGUUUUCUGUCGCAUACGAUGGCUGUCGUCAGCUCAUCUGGUAUAACGCACUUUGUCAAAAUCAUCGUCACCCUUGCUGGCAACCAGGUGAUAUCUUGGGAACGUUGUUGAACCUGGACAGAUACGAGAUAACCUUCUACCUUAAUGGGAUUCCACUACUGCCAAAUGCCCAAGUUUUUCAGAAUGCCACGUCAGGGUUCUUUGCAGCAGCAAGCUUCAUGACGUUCCAGCAGUGCGAGUUCAACUUUGGCCACAAACCCUUUGAGUUCCCUCCAAAAGGCAUUGAGUUUCAGUGCUUCAAUUCUGUGGCUCAAUUACCAGAAGAGGAAAAAAUAAUCCUUCCAAGGCACAUCCGAAUGGAGAAGCUAAGGCAUAGCAGUGUAAAGGAGGAUUCCUGCACACUCUGUUUUGACCGUAGUGCUGCAGUACGGCUCAACCCCUGCCAGCAUAGGGGCUUCUGUACCCAGUGUGCAUUACAGCUUGAGGUGUGCCCCAUGUGCCGAAGUGAGAUCUUGGAGAGGAUAGAAACAUCACCGUAGUAGAUAUAUUCAAAGAUGUUAGAGGAAGAACACCGACAAGAUCCCAUGACGCAAGAACUCCACUGUUCUACACUUCAAAGGCUGAGAACUUCUGACGAAGAGGCAGCUUCCUUGUGUUGUAUGCCCGAUCCCUCCAUAGCAUAAUACACAUAAAGUCGUGUUGUGUAAACUUUGUUUCCAAAUUCAGCUGUGCUAUGCGUUGGCGGUGCACCUCGCUUCUAAUUUGACAUUUGCAGUCUUGUAAACAUCCAUCAUUGUAAGGAAUCAAGCUCAACAAAGCCAGGUACAAACACUGGUACAAUACUGGUACUUACAUAAGUACUAGGACGGUCUUGAAGUAACAUAUGCACGAGCUGGUAUUGCACUAGUGUGCAAUUCUAAAUACGGUGACCUUUUUAUCCCGUGCUAGGAAUGCAGCUGUAAUUUGUAUGCCAAGUGGGACUGAAGUCUGUAUUGUUAUGCAUAGCGAAAUUAUUUGGAAUGACAAAGUGUCUUUAAAGUGGAACUCAACUCAUCGUUUUAGAAGUCAGUGUGAAAUUAUGUUUACUGUGCUAUAGAUCUUCAGAAUCUCAAGUGCAUUAUCGGAAAUGCCAAAGUAUUAUGCAGAGCAGGUGACAACAUUGAAACCAGAACCUGACCCUGCAAUACAACACUUGUACAACACAAGAAACAAAAUUGUAACAGCAUCAAAUUUGAGCAAGUGCUCUUCUGUGGGGCCUACAUGAGUACACUGAUGUGCACAGGUUGUCUACUUUGGGAUUCCAUUCAGAGGUGGCAAAUGCCUGAUAUAAAGUAGCAUUUAAAACCUUGCAUUGUGGAGAAAAACCAGUCAUGUAGAACACCUUUCAUGUGAAAUGUACCAAAAUGUUUGUGUUACGCUCAAAAGUGGGUACAGUUCCAUUUUAACUAUAUUUGUAAUUCUAUAAAUUUUCUUGACAUGCAUACAGUACUGUUUUCUGAUGGAGUUUGUGCACUUUGUGCACCUGCAGUGGUGUAAGGGCCAACAGCAUAACAUGUAAAUAAAGGUUAUUACACUUCCACAAAUAAAAAUCAAGAUGAAGAUUGAGCAGUCAAUUGGCAGUGUCCAAUCUAGUCAACCGUAUCGUUUCAAUAUUUCCCUCAUCGUCAUUUUUUACUUGGGUGUGCUACCUUUAUUGCAAAAAACAGGUCCUUUUCUUCACUGAUGCAGACAACUUGAAUUUGAAUAUGAAUGCAUACAUGACAAUGAAUGUCAAACAAAUGGAUCCUAUAUUUGUGUAUAUAACACAAUAAGAAUAAAAGUAUUGGUGUUGA